AUGCUACGCCACACAUUACGUGAUAGUUAUCACUGCGAAUUCUGUGAUGGCUAUUUCACAGUCCCAUCCCUUCCUAAAGUUCUUCCAUGUUUCCAUGUAAUUUGUCGCGACUGUAUUUUGUCGCUCAUGAAAGUUCAAAAGAGUUACAAUACCUAUUCGGACACUGAGAACGAAUUGUACUGCCCGAAGUGUAAGAAGUACAUUCAUCUUCCUCCAAAUGCUCCGGACAUUCUUCCGACCUCAUACAAACGGAUUAAAACGUCCUACGAGGCUUCGCGGUGCUUUGACUCACCGAAUUGUUAUUCCUCUUCGUUUGGGUAUUGUUUUGAUUGUACCACGACGUUUUGUAUCGAGCAUUCUAAGACGCACAUCAAGCGGAAACACGUCGUUGAGAUUUUUAAGCCGGGGAAGUUCUGCUUAACUCAUAUGAAGGCUGCGGAGAUGUAUUGUUACACGUGUCAGAGUGUGAUUUGUGGAGUGUGUCGAGCUAGUCUUCAUAGCUCACACACUGUUUCGAGUCUUUCAUUGUUUUACUCUUUCUUUAUGAAAGACAUUACACUCCCGAAGUUGUAUCAAAACUUAAGGAAGGUGGCCAAUUGUGUGACACGAAUCACAUCAGUGAUGGCAAUAACUGACGCAAGUGAAGUCUCGAACAUCCUCCAUGACAUCAAUUUUGCAUUUCGAAUGGAUCCAAACCCCUUUUGUCGCACUAACGUCCUCUCCGUCUUUAUUCUUCCCAUCAACGCAACGAAGAAAUUUUCAAUCUGCGAGUUGUGCGGGAGCUCGUCGCAGCGCCUUGAAAUAGUCGUGAAGAAAGCGACGCCGAUUCCUCGUCCGAGGACGGUCGGGUACUCUGAAACGCCGCUCAUAAAAUUUUAUGAUGAUAUGAGUCCAAUGAGUCCUUUACCAACGAACGAGAGUGUACGAUUGGGUGGCGAACUUAGUAUAGAAGUCAAUGAACAGGAAGUAGUGUUCAUUGGGAAACGUGUUGGGGAUGUUCUUGUUGAGAUCCGAAGUGGUGGUGUUGAGAUCGACAAUUCUCCACUUCGUGUGCGUGUAUGUCCUGAAGUGAAGAGUUUCUCGACGUCAGUAACGAGUGAUAAACACCAAGUUGAUAUCAAAUAUUUGAAUAUAGUAGGGAAAGGGUAUGGGAUAGUUGACUCUGGGAAUGACUGUGUGAAAAUCAUAGGCACCGACUUUGUUAUUUUUGGGGGUCGUGGGAGUGGGAAAGGGCAGUUUAAAGAACCGAGUGGGUUAUGUGUAGGUACCCAUGACAAAGAGGAGUACAUAUGGGUAGUUGAUAAAGGCAACAGUCGCAUUCAGAUGUUUAAUAAAGGACGUUUUGUCCGGAGUAUUCAACGAGAAGGGAAGGGCAAAUUAGACUCUCCGACGUCGUGUGUUUAUGUUGCGAGUGAACAUUUGUUAUAUGUGACUGACACGUUGAACGACCGCAUAGCGUUAUUUGGGGUUGAUGGGAGUUUUGUGAAGACGAUUUGUGAUGAUUUGAAUCAUCCAUUAGACAUCAAGAAUAUCACAGUGAAUAAAGAAUUGAUGUUUGUCGUGACUGACACGGGGAAUCAUCGAAUUGUUUUAAUUAACAAGACGGGUACCAUUUUAUUAAGUAAAGGGGGAGUAGGGGAAGAGCGUCGGGGGCAUUUCAUUCAUCCAACGCACUUAGCAAUUGAUCCCAAGAAGAAUGAGAUCUAUGUGACUGAAGGCAAAAGUAUUAUCCAGAAGUUCAAUUACAACUUGGAUUACUUACAGACGUAUAACUUCCAUAUAGGAGAGAUCACUGCGUUCUAUUAUAAUACCACAACCGAUGUGUUAGUAGUAGUAGGAACUGAUUCGGAUGAAGUCUACUCGUACACGCAAGAAUUAAUGGACUAUUUUGUCGUGUAA